CUAAAACAAUGAAAUGGAGUUUAUGCGUUUAUAAGUUCUAAAACAGAAAAAAGUUGUAGGUAUUAUAUACAAAAGCAAGUUUAAUCAUUUAAGUACUUUUUAUAUACAAACACGAUCAGACAUAAAUAUACUAUCGAUUUUCAAAGCAAUCAGGCCCUUUAAAAAUAGCCGAUGUCUUUAUUUAAACCUUCUCAUAUUUCAAAUGUGCACUAUUGAAAUGAAAAUAAAUUUAAACUUGAGUUCUUCAUUUCAAAAAUAAGAUAAACUAAUGUGAUAUGCUUUCUUACAUUUCACAGACUAAACAAUAAUAAAGCAAAAAUUGCGUAUGGAAACAAGCAGAAGAGAACCACUGAUCAGCUGUUCGCAAGAGGUGCGCGCGCGACUGCAAAUGUUGCGAUGCGCACUGAUCAUAGCAGCAGCGAUAAAUUUCGCUAACUGAAAAUGAGUUCGAAUAGUAAUGUAAACAAUAGAGAUUAUGUGAGACGAUAAAGCGCGAUUGAUCUGCGCCUCCAAUCAAUGAGUUCGAUGAAAAGACGAAACAAUGAUUCGACGACACAGAUUACGACAUAAAAUUUAUUUCAUUGGCCUGAUUUUUGGACUCCUGGUGCUGUACAAUGAAUUUCUCGUUUAUGAAAUUCAAGCCUUCAGAUGGUCUGUACGAAAAUGUACAGAUUGUGUUGCUGUAUUACUUGUAGCUGACCCACAAAUACUUGGAUAUAAAAAUGAAAACUAUAAAGGCUCAGCAUGGGCUGUAUGGGACAGUGACAGAUAUUUACAGAAAACAUUUUCAAGAGCUGUGAGGUAUGCUCAGCCAAAUGUUAUUGUUUUUCUUGGGGAUCUGAUGGACGAAGGACACAUUGCUCCUACAGAACAUUUUUUGAUAUAUAAAAGAAGAUUAGCUGAUAUUUUUGAUACUCCUGAUGAUAUUAUGAAAAUUUAUUUACCUGGUGAUAAUGACAUUGGUGGAGAGGAAGAUAUGGUCUCAUCUCAUAUCCAUGAAAGGUUUAAUUAUGCAUAUACUCAACCAGAUACUUUAGUUUACAACAGUGCAACAUUUUUCAAGGUAAACAGAUUAACAAAAUCAAUCCCAGCUGCUCCAAAAGAAGCAUUUCUCAAUGAUUAUGCAGAGAGAAACACCACAAAUGUGGUGCUUAGUCAUAUGCCGCUUCUAUUUAUGCCUGGAACUUUUGUACAAAAUGUUUUGAAAGAGUUGUCUCCUCAAAUCAUUUUUACAGCACAUGAGCACAAAGCCAUGCACAUGAGUUUAGAUACUGCUACUGAUCAGCUCAGUGAAAUUUGGAUUCUUCCACCACACCAAACUCAACUUUACCAAUUGAGACUAGAUAUGGGUGAUAUACAUGAAUUGCAAAUACCGACGUGCUCUUAUAGAAUGGGAACGCAUCACAUGGGUUUUGGAUUGGCUUAUAUCGAUACUCAAGAAAAAACGCUAGAUUUCACAGUACUAUGGUUACCAGACAGAUUUAAUCAACUCUGGAUUUAUGUGUGGGGACUAGGAGCUUCACUCUUCAUCAUAGUCUUUUUCAUUCUUUGUGGAAUUUGUACAAACACCCAUUAUGUAGCUUAUGGUCGUAUGCCUGCAUAGUAAUUUUCUGAAGACUUACUUAUGAGAGUUUAGACUUUACUUCCAGUGUCAUACAUAAAUGAGAACUUGCCAAAUGUCAGAAAAACUAAAUAGGUUCUGGCAUAUUUCUAAUGAGCAGCUACAGAAGUUAUCUCUUAAAAUUAGGGCAACUUCCUUAUUUAAGAAAAUCGACUUACUUAGACCUCCAUCUCACAGCAUUCUUUGUACUUUAAAAACUCUUUUAGCUAUUGAAGUUUACUUAAUAUUCUACAUUUAGUAUUUUAGUUAUCUUACAAUUCAUUUACAUAUUUAUAUACAUAUCCAUUUACAUUAUAUGCAAACACUUUUUAGUAUGCUUUCAGAUAAGCCAAAAAUCAAAAAAUUUUUAAUUAAGAAAAUGUUUUUUUACAAUUUUCCAGCAACUUGUUAAAUACUGGAUACCUAAAAAAUGCAAAGCUCUUUUUUCAACAAAUCUUGCUCCAAGUGUUAUGAAGAAAAUUUAAUUCAUUAGUGUAAAAAUAAUGGAAAUUAGCUUUCUUUACAUAUAAAACAUUUGAAUAAUUUUGAAAGAUCUGUAAAUACAUUUAAUAAAAUCAAAUUAUUAGAAACGUGAAAGCUUUACAUACAAAUCAUAUUUCUAAGCUUUGCAAAGAAAAAAAUGUACUACGGUCUACAUAGUUUAUCGAUGUUAUAGGGUAAAUAUUUACCUAACAAGUUAAUUUGAGCGUAUCCAAUAGUAAUUUUGUAACGUUGUUAAUAUAUUUUAAUGAAUUUAUGAAUAAAAUAUGAAUAAAUA